GCGACUGCCUUCGGCUCAGUUCAUGAGCCCAGCGUCCUGGGAUCCAGCUCUGCAUGAGGAUCCCAGCUCCGCAGGAAGCGUGCUUCUCCCUCUCACUCUGCUGCUCCCACUGCUUGUGCUUUCCUGCUCUCUGUCUCUGUCAAAUAAAUAAGUAAAAAAAAAUUUUUUUUUAAGAAAAAAACUUGAACCUUCAGCUCUAGCUCCCAUUCUCAGGGCAGGGAUAGGGGGAAGGGACUGGAAAAUGAGUUAAUAAUCGAUCAUGCCUAUAUGAUGAAACCUCUGUAAAAAUCCCUAAAGUACAGGAUGUGGAGGACUUCUGGGUUGGUUAGCACAUCCAUGUGCUGGGAGCAUGGUACACCCCAUCUCCUCAGAGACAGAAGCUCCUACACUUGGAACCUUCCAGGCCUCACCUUAUGUAUCUCUUCAUCUAGCUAUUUAUCUGUAUACUUUAUCAUAUCCCUUAAUGUAUAAUAAACCAAUAAACUUAGUGUUUUCCCUGAGUUCUCUGAGCAGUUCUAGCAAAAUUUUGAACCUGAGGAGGGGGGUGUGGGAACCCCAAUUUAUAGCCAGUUGGUCAGAAUUACGGGUGACAACCUGGGACUUGUGAUUGGUUUCUGAAGUGGGGGCAGUCUUGGACUGAGCCCUUAACUUGUGGGAUUUGAUGCUAACUCCAGGUAGAUAGUGUCAGAGCUCAGAGCUGAAUUGAAUUGUAGGGCAUCCAGCUGGUGUCAGAAAAUUGUUGAUGUGUUUAAAAAAAAUACAUAGUUGGUGUCAGAAGCACUGUGAGUGUGAGAGUAGAGGAAACCAAUGCAUGUGUCCUAAACACAGACAUAAUAUUAAUAUUUUGGUGUGCAUUCUUCCUCCUCCCCGGUUUUUUGUUAGCAGAUAUGUAGGGUUUUAUUGUAUCUGCAGAAUAGAAUCACGCUAAUUGAUUAUGCAAAGUAGCAAAGACUCUUCAACUCUUAGACUAAAACAGGGAAACUAUAGGACUCAAUGUUCUUUGCAUGCUGCAGGAAGAAGAGGGAAGCACCAGUGAUCCUCUUAUUUGAAAAACCUUAUCGGUAUUUACACAUUUUGGGAUUAUAGCAAUGUCAUAUAAAAAUUAUACGUGCAGGUGAAAGGAUUUCCAAGGAUCUGUUGUACAAAUUACUCUUCCAGUGACAAAUUUAUAUAAGAAAAAAGAGUAAGAUGAUAGCAGUUAUGAAUAUGUACACUAGUCUCCACGUUGCACAGGAAGAACAGGAUUCAACCUUUGUUAGUUAUUUCAGUUUUGCAUCUUAUAAAAGAAUGGUGCCUCUCUGUAAUUUCUAUAGAGAAAGAGGAAAUUUAAACAUCAGAGAAAUCUUUCCUGCUAUUUUUUAAAAGAAAAGUUGCAUUCUUAAGGUCAGGUUCUAAGUGUUUUCAUUAAAAUUAUAAGAAAACAUGCCAGAGAGAAGUAAAAAAUGGAAACAAAUUAUGUCCUUUAUAAAAAUGAAAUGAGGGGCAUGUCAUAUUCUUCAAUAACAAUAAUAGCUAACUCAUGUUAAGCCAAUUUUCUAGUAAGUGUUUUAAAUGGAUUUUCUUACUUAUUCUUCAAGAUAACCAUAUGUAGUAGUUGAUAUUCUUAUCCUCAUUUUAAUGAUGAGAAAACCGAGCUACUAAGAUGUUAGUAAAUGCCUGAUCAAUGUCUUCUCUAUUCUCUCUCUCCCAUGUCUUGACGUUAUCCUGAGGCCACAAAAGAAGUUCUGGUUUGGAUGCUCUGAAUUUUCUAGAGUUUGAACUUCUCUGGUAGAGGAACCCCCCAGGAAGACUGAUCGGUUCUUAGAUUUCUAAAAGCAUGGCCCAUACGUAUGUGGGUUUGCAGUUUCAGGGAUGAGUGACAUUCAGGGAUGUGGCCGUACCUUUCUCUCAGCAGGAGUGGGAGAGUCUGAAUCCUGCUCAGAGGCACUUGUACAGGAAUGUGAUGUUGGAGAACUAUAGUAACUUGGUCUCACUGGCCGGACAUUCCAUUUCUAAACCACAUGUGAUUACUUUAUUGGAACAAUGGAAAGAGCUGUGAAUGAUAGUGAGGAAAGAUCAAAGAAGACAAUACACAGGAAUUACUAUGGAUUCAUCUUUUAUCCAUCCAUUAUCAUUGAUUCAGAAUGUAUAAUUGAAAAUAAUCAUUCAUGUGUUCCUUUUGUCAUUGUAUUUGCCAUACAGAGCUCCAGAGAUGAGAAAGAUCCAGUCUGCAAACAACACAUGCCAAAGAAUUUUUGGGAGAUGACAUCACCUGCAGAUGGAACCAAAAGAUGAGAAAAUUUGUGACACAUUCCAAGUGCUGAAAGGGGAAAGUGAGAUUUUCAGUUGAAGGAUGAGACAACUCUAAAGAAAUGCCCACUAUUGAGAAAUGUACAUCUUUUGCUCUACAUCAGAGACUUCCUAACAGAGAGCAAUCAUGUGAAUGUCAGGGAUGUGGGAACAUGUUUUGUCAAGGCUCGAACCUUGUUCAACAUGAGAGAACACAUUCUAGUGAAAAAACCUGCAAAUGUAAAGAAUGUGGGAAGAACUUUAGUAAUGGACAUCAACUCACCAUACAUCAGAGAUUUCAUAUUGGUGAGAAACCUUAUAAAUGUAAGGAAUUUGCCACCUUUUCGUACCUUGUUCGACAUCAGAGAAUUCACACUGUUGAGAAACUUGAAUGUAAAGAAUGUGGGAAGGCUUUUAUUAGAGGCUCAGACUUUGUUAAACAUGGGAGAAUUCAUACUGGUGAGAAACCAUAUGAAUGUAAGGAAUGUGGGAAGACCUUUAGUAAUAGCCAUCAAUUUACUAUACAUCAGAGUAUUCAUACUGUUAAGACACCCUAUGAAAGUGGGAAAUGUGGAAAAGCUUUUUAUAGUAGCUCAUCUGUUCAACAUCAAAAAAUCCAUAAAGGUGAGAAACCCUAUGAAUGUAAGGAAUGCGAGAAAGCUUUUAUAGUGUAUGGAAAACUUCUUCGGCAUCAGACUAUUCAGACUGGUGAAAAACCCUAUGAAUGUAAAGAAUGUGGAGAGGCCUUCAGUAGUAGCUUACCCCUGGUUAAACAUCAGAGAAUUCAUACUGGUGAGAAACCCUAUGAAUGCAAGGAAUGUGGGAAGUCCUUUACUGUGUAUGGACAACUUACUCGAUAUCAGAGUAUUCGUACUGGUGAGAAACCUUUUGAAUGUAAGGAAUGUGGGAAGGCCUUUAGACUUAGUUCAUUUCUUAAUGCACAUCAGAGAAUUCAUUCAGGGGUAAAGCCCUACGAAUGCAAGGAAUGUGGGAAGGCCUUUAGUCCUGCCUCAUACCUUGUUCAACAUGAAAGACUUCAUACAGGUGAGAAACCGUAUGAGUGUAAAGAGUGUGGCAAGGCCUUUAGCACUGGCUCAUACCUUGUUCAACACCAGAGGAUUCAUACCGGUGAGAAACCCUAUGAGUGUAAGGAAUGUGGGAAGGCUUUUAUUAGUCGCCAUCAAUUUACUGUACAUCAAAGGGUUCAUACUGGUGAGAAACCCUAUGAAUGUAAGGAAUGUGAGAAGGUCUUUAGAGUACAUGUACAUCUUACACAACAUCAGAAAAUUCACAUUGAUGUGAAACCCUAUAAAUGCAAGGAAUUUGGAAAAACUAUUGGUUGUGCCUCCUACCUUGUACAACAUGGAAGAAUUCAUACUGGUGAGAAACCUUAUGAAUGUUAGGAAUGUGGAAAGGCCUUUACUGUGUAUGGACAACUUAUUGGACAUCAGAGUGUUCAUACUGGUGAGAAACCCUUUGAAUGUAAGGAAUGUGGCAAGACCUUUAGACUUAAUUCAUUCCUUAGUGAACACAGGAUACACACUGGUGAGAAACCCUUUAAAUGCAGAAAAUGUGGGAAGCCCUUUAGAUAUAGUUCAGCCUUUAAAGUACAUCAGAGAAACCAUAUGCAUGUAAAACCCUAAAAAUUUAAGGAAUUGGGAAGUCCAUUAUGUAUGGCUUAAACAUUGUUCAGCGUCAGAGAGUUUAUGCUAAUGAGAAACAUGGAUGUUAAAAAUCUUGGUAGGCCUUUAGAAAAUAUUCUCCUAUUAGAGAAUUCAUAAUGGAAUUCAGAAAACAUAAAGCCUUUGUCAUUCUUGUGUUUAUAAUAUUUGAAUCCGAAUAUUCUGGAUUGGCCAGUUCAGAAAAGGUGGGAGACAUUAAUACAGCAUUGAUAGCAUGAAAGUUUAUAUGACAUAUUCUAAUAUGGUUGAAUGAACUAGUGAAUAAAAAAACCUUCCACUACUCUUAAAUCAUUGCUAAACUUCAGAUAAUCCAUCCUGAUUUUUAAAAAAACAGUUAAUAUAUGUUGGAAAGUCUGCCAUAGCACAGAUGUCAGUUCUUGUCAUUGUCAUGCCACCACCGUCAACCUAUUUGACAUUAGGCACCUUAUUUUUUAUUUCAGGGCAUUGCUUCAAAAUGGUGGUGAUAGAACCUAUGUAUUUGUAAAAACCUAUGCUCAAUAUUUAUUAAUUUUAUUAGCAUUUUUUAAAAGAUUUUAUUUAUUUAUUUGAGAGAGAGAAUGAGAGAUAGAGAGCACGAGAGGGAGGAGGGUCAGAGGGAGAAUCGGAC